UGUCCUCUUCCCUCAAACCCAACCUACUACCAUUUUCCUCUGUUCCUUAAACCCUUUCCAAAACCUCAAAAUCAACCUUAAUGACAAAACUAUCAAAACUCAAUGUCUCUAAUCCCAAACUCUGUGUCAUGAUCGGUGUUGGAGUUGCUGGAAUAUUGAUCUUAGCUGAAGUUCAACGGCGACGAUUGAAAUCAAGAAAGUCAAUAAAAGAAGAUUAUGGCGCCUUUAUUGAACGCGUUGAGUUGCUUCCGUUUCCUCAACCACCUCCUCCAGCUGCUCCACUUUCCCUUUCUGGUCUCACAUUUGCCAUUAAAGACAAUAUUGAUGUCAAGGAAUAUGUGACGGGUUUUGGUAGUCCAGAGUGGAAACGGACGCAUGAGGUGGCUACAAAGACAGCCAUGGUUGUGACUGCUCUUCUGAAGAAUGGUGCUACUUGUGUUGGGAAGACCAUCAUGGACGAAUUUGGACUUGGGGUUACUGGAGAGAAUGUGCACUACGGUACUCCAAGCAAUCCAAAAUUGCCAUCUCAUAUUCCAGGUGGCUCAUCCAGUGGUUCAGCUGUUGUUGUUGCAGCUGAAGUUGUUGAUUUUGCUUUAGGUACCGAUACAGCUGGGUGCAUUAGAGUACCAGCAGCAUUUUGCGGUGUCCUUGGGUUUAGGCCGUCGCAUGGAGCCGUAUCAACUAUUGGUGUUCUGCCUGUAUCACAAAGUUUGGACAGUAUUGGAUGGUUAGCGCGUGAUCCAUCUGUGCUGCAUCGAGUUGGACAUGUGUUACUUCAGAUACCAUCAGUUGAACCUAAAAGGGCAAGAUGCUUUGUUAUAGCUGAUGAUCUUUUUCAGCUGUGUAAGGUACCGAAGCAGAAGACAGUGUAUGUUGUCACCAAAGUAAUAGAAAAAUUAUCUGGAUACCAGACACCCAAACAUCUGAACCUUGGGCAGUAUAUUGCAUCAAAUGUGCCCAGCUUGAAAGGUUUCAUUGAACAAUCAAUCAUCCAUCAGAAUGGGAUGUCUGCUCUGCGAGCUCUCUCCUCUGUGAUGGUUCUUCUUCAAAGGUAUGAGUUUAAGACGAAUUAUGAAGAAUGGAUGAAGGCUGUGAAACCGAGGUUAGGUUCUCAAGUCUCCAAUCACAUUGCUGGAGAAGUUACCUCGGCUCCCGAGAACAUCAAAGUUCUUUACAAAGUUAGGACUGAGAUGCGAGUUGCCAUGCAGAAUCUUUUGAAGAACAAUGGCAUAUUGGUUCUGCCGACGAUUGCAGAUCCUCCGUUAAAAUUAAAGUCAAGGAAAGGUCUAGCUGCUGAAGUUCAUGAUAGAGCAUUUGCUUUAUUGGGCAUUGCCAGUAUGUCAGGAUGUUGUCAGGCUGCUAUUCCUUUUGGAGAACAUGAUAACUACCCUAUCUCCCUGUCAUUUAUUGCAUCUCAUGGGACUGAUAAGUUUCUACUUGACACUGUCUUGGAUAUGUAUUCAUCUCUUCAAGAGGAAGUAAGCAUACAAUCAAGCGCAUCUCCAUUACCAGAUACCAAUGGUAGCAUUGAUGCAUCUGAACUUCUGAAAGAAAAGGGAAAUGCUGCAUUUAAGGGCAAGCAGUUUAACAAGGCUGUGAGCUACUACACAGAAGCAAUAAAAUUGAACGACAACGGCACAUACUAUUGCAACCGCGCAGCUGCUUACCUAGAAUUGGGAUGCUUCCAGCAAGCUGAAGAGGACUGUACUAAAGCAAUUUCACUUGAUAAAAAGAUUGUAAAAGCUUAUAUGAGACGAGGAGCUGCCAGGGAAUCACUUCUCUUCUAUAAAGAGGCUCUUCAAGAUAUCAAACAUGCACUCGUUCUGGAACCACAGAAUAAGUUCGCCAGUGUGGCUGAAAAGAGACUCAGAAAGCUAAUUAGUUGAUCAUUUAAUGUCAAAAUGGUAUAAGAUGAUGAGAUUGUAAAACCAAAAUAGGAAAAUCAGCGGAGUGUUCUAUACGUUCUUUCUUAUAGCUCAAGGCAGAGGAAUUUUUUUGACACGCAAACGAACCUUCCUGGGCAAAACUUGGAUUUGAAGGCUGAGCUUCUAACUAGAACUGUAUGAUUCCUUGUAUUUGCUCGUGGAUAUCUGUUCUUUUUCUUUUCUGGUCCAAGUCUCCACAUGUAAUUAAUUCAUCAAUUGGAGAAAAAUGCUGCUACGAUGGGCCAAAAAAUUAAUCUUCUUGCUUUCCCUCCUCCCCAUUUGCUAUCUACACACCUUUAAGUCCCUAUUGAGCUGGGCGUACAUUUUGCAUGCAAAGAUAUGCCAAGCAAAUAACCAUGUUUUCCUCUUUUAUAGCAACCCAAGUGCUUAAAUUUAGUUGGUCCUGGAACCCAUUUUGGGCAGCAUCCCUCUUUCUUAUCUCUGAUGAGAGAAGUGUGUGAACUCUAAUCAUAAGCUACUAAAACUUUUGGAUUACAAGGUCUA